GAAUGCAACACGCACGCAAUUUGCGACUCAUCUCUGGUCAGGACUCUUUCAUUCGAGCUUCUACUUCCCCGAGAAUAUACCGCACAUUGCACCUGUCGAAAUCGAGCUUCGCCAGAAUCCCCACCCCACAAAUUUCAGCUGGAAGAGCAAUGGCCACCGUGCAGGAAUACAAACUCAAGUUGGAUAAUGUGGACUUGAGGGAUGGGGAGAAGGUCGAAGCGGAAGUUGAAGGGGUGAGGGAUGGGAAAGUGAUCCUGCUGAAGGUUAAUGAUCGGUUGAGAGCCUUGGGGUCCAGAUGCACACGUAUGAAUGAGCGAGUUGUUUGAUUGAGUGCGAAGGGGGGUCUAACUUGGCGGUGGGUAUGCGGAACAGAUUACGGAGCACCACUAGUUAAGGGUGUGGUUGCUGGUGAUGGGAGGAUCUCUUGUCCUUGGCAUGGAGCUUGCUUUAGCACUGACUCAGGGGAUAUCGAAAGUAUGCCUUUAUUUCAAUGCCCUAUUGUAAUGGAGGAUAGGGAUUGGCUGGCUGACAGCUCAGAUGCUCCUGCCCUGGACCAUCUAGCCGCAUUCCCGGUGUCAAUUAGAAAUGGUGCAGCCUAUAUCACGGGCGAUGAAGCGACGAUCAAAACUGGUAAACGGAAGCCAGAUAUCAGCUACAAACCACUUACCGGUGUUGGCGAGGAGCAUGUUGUCAUAGUUGGAGGGUUGGUAACCCCUAAAACAGCCCUAUUUCCAAGGCUGACCUUUCCAGUGGCUCCGGAGCCCUGGGGGCAAUCGAUGUCCUCCGCGAGAAAGGCUUUGGAGGCCAAAUCACAGUUUUGACAAAAGAGAGUUAUCUGCCCAUUGACAGAACCAAGCUCUCCAAAGCUCUUAUCGCGGACGAGCAAAAGCUACAAUGGCGAGAUGCUCAGCACUUCCGUGACGCUGGAAUAGAUUUUCAUCUUACGACAGAGGUUUCUUCAAUCGAUUUCAAGGCCCACAAGAUCCAUACCAAGACGGGAGGUGAAUUCUCGUAUUCAAAGGUCCUGCUCUGCACUGGAGGAACCCCCAAGAGAUUACCUAUGAAAGGCUUCAAGGACCUAGGAGAUAUUUUUGUGCUGAGAGGUGUUGAUGACGCGCAAAGGAUAAACUCGGCAAUUGGGGAUAAUGGAAAGAAGGUUGUUGUCAUUGGCAGUAGCUUCAUCGGUGGGUAUUGCUGAAUUCUGGGAGACGAUCAUUCUUACAUUUGGUUUAGGAAUGGAGGUAUCAAAUUGCCUGGCACAGAAGGGGAACGACAUCACCAUAGUAGGAAUGGAGAGUGCCCCAUUGUAGGUUCCAUCAUGCCCUCUAUAGUUUGGCCAAGGCUAAGAAAUUAUCCUAGAGAACGUGUUAUGGGGGCAAAGGUUGGAAAGAUCUUCCAGAGCCAACUCGAGAAGCGUGGGGUUAAAUUCCGAAUGAACUCUGGAGUCGAGUCCGCCGAACCUUCUUCAGUAGACCCUAACAAGGUUGGGUCGGUCUUAUUGAAAAGUGGUGAGAAGCUCGAGGCAGAUCUUGUGAUCCUCGGAGUAGGAGUAGCUCCUGCUACAGAAUACCUGAAGCAAAGCGGCAUCAAGCUUGAAGAGGAUGCAUCGGUGAGAGUCGACGGAUGUUUCCGUGUCGAAGGUGUUGAAGAUGCGUACGCUGUCGGUAUGAAGGAAGCUCUUGCCCCAUGAUAAUACAGAAGCUCAUGAGUUAAGGUGAUAUUGCAACCUAUCCUUAUAGCGGGCCGGGAUCAGAUGAAAAUAGCAGGGUGCGAGUUGGCAAGUAGCAUUCGGAACUCUUUGCUGGAAACAUCAUCCUAACCCACCAUAGAGCACUGGAACGUAGCCCAAAACGCAGGCCGCCAAGCAGCACUUCACAUCACAACAGACAGCGAGCCAACUCCCUUCAUCCCAGUCUUCUGGUCAGCCAUAGGCUCCCAACUUCGAUACUGCGGCGCCACGCCUAAAGGUAAUAAUAACACACUCUCUCAAGCCCGGCAGCUCGAGCAAAAAGCAAUACUAAAUGCCCUAAAAACUAGGUUACGACGAUAUUGUCCUCCACGGAAAUCCCGACCAAGCCAAGUUCGUUGCGUACUAUACUCAAGGCCAGGACGUAGUAGCUGUGGCCACAAUGCAAAAAGACCCCUACAUGACACAAUGCGCUGAGCUGAUGCGAAGAAAAAUGAUGCCAACAAAGGAUGAGAUUGUAGGAGGGGUGGAUGUACUGAGCGUGGAAGUCCCUGCAGGUGCUAAGAUCUAAAGUCGAAUCGACCCGUCAGUUGUUGGAUGCAU